AGGGACCGUCCUAUCUGAGCAGCAGCCAUAUUGGAUCCUGCGCUGAAGGUGACGUCCAGCUUACCUGGGAAUUACAAGCUACGAGCCCUGCGACAUCUGUGACCAUGUACUGGUGUGCGUGUAACAUCGUGCCAUGCCGCGGGGAGUGCGUCGGUGAGCUGCAGUGGACGCAUGUACCUCACGGAGCAGCGGCGCGCUCCUACCUCCUCAAGGACAUCGCCAACCACUGCGUCGCUAAAGUAGGCAUAUCGCUGCAGGAUGGCAACAGGACGAGUGGCAUCUACUGGGCCACCGAGGCCUACCUGGAGACGACGUUCCUAGCCUCAGUAGCAGCUGUCGGCCAGGUUCCCGAUUGGAUAUAUAUUGCCAUCGCAAUCGGCGUCUGCCUUUUUCUCGGCAUUGCCUCCGUUAUUUGGAAGAGAAAAUUUAUUAAACAGAGAUGGUGUAAAUUUGCUGAACUGGAAGGCAUUAUUAUUUUGCCCAACGUUGAUCAGACCAUCAAGGAUCCACUCGCCUACGACCAGAACGGCAAGCGUCCUCUCUCGGUGGAGCUAUCCAUGUCCGUUGACCCUGACAGUUACACGAUCAUCUCCUACCUGCACGUCGACGGCAUGGGUCGAGAGCAGAAGCAGAGCAUCUCGUCGACCGACUCCGGCUUCGCUAGUCCGACGGAGCGCUGCCGCAACAGCGUCGGCUUCGGCGACGCGACGGCGCCGAUCGGCAAGUGCCGAAAGUAUCAGCGCCAGUCUACGACGACGACGCCGGACGUCGGCGAGGACGUCGACAGCGGUAAGGACCUGCUGCGCGACGACGCGCGCGACUCGGGCGUCUGUUCAGCGCCCGCAUGCGACUUCAACGCCAACGAGAACCCGUACUCCGUCAUCGCCGAGGAGCGACGGCACGUAGGCGUCGCGCAGCCGAAGCCCGCCCGAGACGGGCACCCGUUUCGCUCUCUGUUCCGAAACGCAAAGGAGACGAAAGCGGUCGCUACUCUCGCGCAGCCGCCGAAGGUCCCGAUGAUAUGUAAUGCGACGUACAAGCCGUGCGGUCCUUCCCAGGUGCAGCGCACGCGCACAGACAAUAUGGCGGAUCAGGCCCCCGUGCAGCGAGAGCAGCAGGCGACGCGGGCGGGAAAUGUUCGAGCAGGCGACGGCAACGCCGACGACACGCCGGCGAAAAGCGUAGACGGCGAACGCCCAGAUGGCGCUGCGAUGUGCCACUACACUCUGCUCGCCUUCGCCGACGCGGACGACGAGGAUAACGGCGACGAACUAGCGUCGGCAAAACGCGCGACGACCCGCGGUGACGACACGUUAGCGGACGGGAGAGCGGCGGACGACAACGCGCCGAUCGACGGUUCACGCAACAUGUUGCUCGCUGCCCGCCAUGUGCCUCUGGGCCGCAUGAACAGCGCAGGCUACAUCGUCACCAGCUCGCCUCCUACGUCACGCCCGACGUCACCGCGGGCAGCGCCGAAACACUGCGCAUGCGCGGACGACACACUGAACAGUAGCACGCUCUACAUCGACGACGAUGAUGACGUGUUGAUGACAACGCCAUGCGCCAUGUUAGCUCCGCAGCUGACACCUGGCGGCCAACGGUGCCAAGUCGACGACGGCUACCGCAUGACGUCACAGCCAUCUAACCUGCCUGGAACGCUGGAAUUCUGCCGCAGCUACGAAGAGGGGUACAGUAGAAUGGGGAUGGCGGAGGACAGUAAUAAGGCGAACUACUUUGCAGUGUAGGACACGUCUACCUUCACCGCUGCUCUUAUUCCAAGCGGAUUCCACUUCAGUCAACAAGCAUCCCGCACGGGAUUUUGCACACGUUACAGCAUUCAUUACAUGAAGCAUUGAGUAAAUGCCCCUCCCCGUGCGAUCUGAUUACAACUCCGUACGCUUCAUGAACAGUAUUAAUCGAUUGAUCUUUCGUUGACGAAACAUCAGUGUAUAUUUUGAAAUCGCGUUGUUAAACAGCGCGUCAGUUCUACAUGUAUAUAUAAACUACCGAAGACUACUGCGCGAGGUUAUGUUCAGUUUUGCAUUUCGUAUAAUAUUUUGAUCCAUGUGUGUACAUACGUGUAUCUGUUCAUUCGAUGUUUGCGUGAGUGUGGGCGCACGCGUGCACACUCGUCUGUGCGUGUCACCGUCGCUGUGAUGUAGUGUAUAGGAAUCGGUGUACAUCGUGAAAAAUCAACGCGGUAUUUCGUUCUGGUUAUUUUAUUUGGUGAUAACUUCGCAAUAAGGCAAACGGUAUGCUUUGCUACGAAGUGUGUUAGUACGUGAUAUGCAUGUCUGAAGAGCGUGUACAUAGGCGCAUCUACAAUUGUAAUGAAUCUUGUUUUCGCUGACUGCGAACCAUCGCUGGCUUACCCUGGUUGGCUUACUACUAUAUCUAUUACACACACACGCGCGCGCGCUCGCACGCACAGACACACACACACACACACACACACAUACACACACAC